GGAAUUCUCUAGAUUUACUAUUAUUAGCGUAAUUAGGUAGUGCCCCUGCAUCGCAGUGGCUUGAAAACUAGCAGUGUAUCAAAAGCAAACACCACCAAGCUCUAAUUGGUACUCCCGGUAAUAACAAACUGUGGAGGUUCGAUAGGCAUCGUGUCAUCGAAUUGUUGGCUACAGUCCUCUAUCGACUUCACCAAUGGCGGCGGCAGCAUCGUCGUCUCAUCAGACAGCGGCGGUGUCGCCAUUGACGGAGGAGGAAUUGGCGCUGACGGUGAAAUGGAGCGGUAAAGAAUACACCGUGAGAGUCUGCGGCAACGACACUGUUGGCGAGCUGAAGCGGCUGAUAUGUGAAGUCACAAACGUGCUGCCAAAGCGCCAGAAGCUUCUCUACCCCAAAGUGGGAUCCAAACUCGCCGAUGAUUCCCUUCUUCUCUCUCAAAUUCCAAUCAAAGCCUCUAUCAAAAUGACCAUGGUCGGUACUGUUGAAGAUGAAAUAUUCGUGGAUCAGGCCGAUUCUGCAGAUAUAGUUGAUGAUUUUGAAAUUGGUCAGGAGGAAGCUGUUGAUAUUAAAGAUAAAGAUGUCAACAAACAGAAACUAAGAAGGCGUAUUGAACACUACAAGAUUAAGGUUCGUAAUCCAUGUCGGGAAGGAAAAAAGCUACUUGUUCUGGAUAUUGACUAUACUCUAUUUGAUCAUCGUUCAACAGCAGAGAACCCACUUGAGCUCAUGAGACCUUAUCUUCAUGAAUUUCUCUCAGCAGUUUAUGCUGAGUAUGAUAUCAUCAUAUGGUCUGCAACCAGCAUGAAAUGGGUGGAGUUGAAGAUGGAACAACUUGGUGUUCUCAACAAUCCCAACUAUAAAAUCACUGCAAUGCUAGAUCAUUUAGCAAUGAUAACUGUCCACUCAGAUACUCGUGGAAUCAUUGACUGCAAGCCACUUGGCCUAAUUUGGGGCCAAUUCCCCGAGUUUUACAGUUCGAAGAACACUAUAAUGUUUGAUGAUUUGAGGAGGAACUUUGUAAUGAAUCCACAAAAUGGUCUGACCAUAAAGCCAUUCAAGAAGGCACAUGCAAGUCGGAGCACUGAUCACGAGCUCAUGAAGCUUACCCAAUAUUUGCUUGCCAUUGCUGAUCUUGAUGACUUAAGUGGCCUCAACCACAAGGAUUGGGAAUCAUACAAUGAGGACAAUGUUAAGAGACGCCGACAUACUUGACACACUCGGCCACCCAAAAUGCUUGUUAAGCCAAUUUAAGUUCGAUUUAAAGUGCAGCCCCUAGCUAUUACACAUAUCUCAACCGCAGAAAAUGUUUUAAAUUAUUCUUUUGCUAGUGGCUGUAGAUCAUACACAUUGAUCGACCGUUCUAUACAGCAGAUUUGAUUGAGCUAUAUCAUAUCUGAUUUCCGCUGUUUGGUGUUUCUAUUUAUUCUAUUAGUUUAUGUAUACCUGGCGUAUAUUACAAGUGCAUUCUCUGUUUUUAGUUCUUCACAAUUAUGAUCACUAUUUCCUUCAAGUCCACCAACUUUU